UAUAAUAAUUUGUCAUAUUAAAUUUGCAAAUAUCUAAUUUAAUAGAAGAUGGUAGGGCAUAAAUAGAAAAACAGGGGAUUCAUAAAUCCCCUUUAUUGUGAGAAAAAAUAAAGAAAGAGGAAGAGGAUGGAAAUAGUGGAAAAUGACGAGGAAGAAGGAAAAAUGACGUGUCAAAAGAAGAGAAUGAGAGAAGAAUAAAGGGGAUUCAUGAAUCCCACCACUGUGCAUACUCUUACUUGAUUGGUUUUAUUAUUCUUUUACAAUCGUCAAUCGAGUUGCUAUGCUCUCGUAGCCAAAAUUUCAAUUCCCACCUCAAAACUCCUCAAUCAAAAACUCUUCCCAGCAACUCUGUUCACUGAACGAGCAGAUUGCCAAGAAUUUCCUGCAAAAUCUGACUAAACAAACCAUUAGAUGAUUUCAAUGCAAACCUUAUCCCUACCAUCUUCACCCACUACCCCAUCACCAUAUUCUCUCUCAAGACCUCCUCUUUCACAAAGAGUCUACAUUCCCUCUCAUAUUUACAAACACCCUGCUGCAAUUCUUCUCGAAAUCUGCAGUUCAAUUCAAGAACUUAGCCAAAUUAUUCCUCAUAUAUACAAACAUAAUCUAUACAAUGAACAUCUCUUUCAAACUAAGCUUGUUAGUUUGUUCUGUAAAUUCAAUUCAAUGGAUGAUGCUGCUCGUGUUUUUUACCCAAUUGAGGAUAAACUUGAUGCUCUUUACCAUACUAUGCUAAAAGGGUAUGCUUAUAAUUCCACCAUUGAUGAUGCUUUUUCGUUUUUUUGUAAGAUGAAAUGUGAUGGGGUUCAGCCAAUUGUGUAUAAUUUUACUUAUUUGUUGAAGUUGUGUGGUGAUAAUUCGGAUAUUAGAAGGGGUAGGGAGAUUCAGGGGCAGUUGAUUGUUAAUGGGUUUGCGUUUAAUUUGUUUGCAAUGACUGGAGUUAUGAAUAUGUACGCUAAAUGUAGGGAAACUUGUGAUGCAUAUAAGAUGUUUGAUAGAAUGUCUGAGAAAGACGUGGCCUCUUGGAAUGCUAUUAUUUCUGGGUAUGCUCAAAAUGGGUAUGCUAAAAUUGCACUUGAGUUGCUUGUGAGAAUGCAGGAAGAAGGGACGAGGCCUGAUUGGAUUACGGUGAUCACGGUAUUGCCUGCUUUGGCGGAUAUGGGUAAGCUGAUUAUGGGGAAAUCUAUACAUGGGUAUGUUUUGAGGGCCGGUUUCGAUUGUUAUGUGAAUGUUUUGACUGCAUUGGUUGAUAUGUAUGCGAAAUGUCGAGCAGUGGGGACUGCUAGGUUGAUUUUUGAUUCUAUGGAAUCUAAGACUGUUGUUACUUGGAAUUCUAUGAUUGAUGGAUAUGUUCAAAGUGGGGAUCCUCGGGAAGCAUUGACACUUUUCGAGACAAUGUUGGAUGAAGGAAUUGACCCGAGUGAUGUAUCGAUCAUGGAAGCUAUACAUGCUUGUGCUGACUUGGGAGAUGUAGAGAAGGGUAUGGUCAUCCAUAGAAUGUCGGAUCAAUUGGGGUUUGGGUCUAAUGUGUCUGUUACAAAUUCCUUGAUUUCCAUGUAUUCGAAAUGUAAGAAGGUUAACGAGGCAAUGAAGUUGUUUGACAGCUUAAAGAAUAAGACUAGGGUGUCCUGGAACGCCAUGAUCAUAGGUUUUGCACAAAAUGGUUGUGUAAAUGAGGCAUUGAAUUAUUUUUGUGAGAUGCAAUUAAGAAAUAUCAAGUUGGAUUCAUUCACUUUGGUCAGUGUGAUUCCUGCUUUAGCUGAGUUAUCCAAUUUACGUCAGGCAAAGUGGAUCCAUGGACUUGCGAUAAGAACCUGCUUGGACACAAAUGUUUUUGUAAAGACUGCUCUUGUUGACAUGUAUGCAAAGUGUGGAGCAAUUCAUACUACAAGGAAGCUUUUUGAUGGCAUGGAUGAGAGGCACGUGACAACUUGGAAUGUCAUGAUAGAUGCAUAUGGGACACAUGGGCUCGGAGAAACAGCACUCAAACUUUUCUCUGAAAUGCUGAAAGGUUCAAUCCUACCAAACGAGGUGACAUUUUUGUGCAUCAUAUCAGCUUGCAGCCACUCAGGUCUUGUUGAACAUGGGAAGUAUUACUUUGAAAUGAUGAAGGAAGUAUAUAAUUUGGAGCCUGCAAUGGAUCAUUAUGGAGCUAUGGUAGACCUUUUGGGUCGAGCUGGUCAUCUCGAUGAGGCUUGGGACUUCAUACAAAACAUGCCCAUGGAGCCUGGUAUCAGUGUAUAUGGAGCAAUGUUGGGUGCUUGCAAGAUCCACAAGAACAUUGAGUUGGGAGAGAAAGCGGCUGAUAGACUGUUUAAUCUAGAUCCAGAUGAUGGUGGUUACCAUGUGCUGCUGGCUAAUAUAUAUUCUGCAGCGUCAAUGUGGGAUAAAGUAGUUGCGGUGCGAUCAAUGAUGGAUAAGAAAGGUCUUCGUAAGACCCCUGGCUGUAGUUUAGUGGAGCUAAGAAAUGAGUUUCAUACUUUUCAUUCCGGAAGCACACUCCAUCCUCAAUCACGAGAGAUUUAUGCUUAUCUGGAUUCACUUAUUGAGAGAAUAAAAUCUGUAGGUUAUGUUCCUGAUACUAAUUCUGUACAUGAUGUAGAAGCUGAUGUUCAGGAGCAAUUGCUUAGCAGCCACAGUGAGAAACUAGCCAUUGCAUUUGGACUUUUGAAUACAAAUCAUGGGGUACCUAUACAUAUUCGAAAAAAUCUCCGUGUCUGUGGUGAUUGCCACAAUGCUACCAAGUACAUUUCACUCGUGACAGACCGAGAAAUUAUUGUGCGUGAUAUGCACAGAUUCCACCAUUUCAAGAAUGGGACCUGCUCAUGCGGUGAUUACUGGUAAUUAGAUUUUACUUCAAAGAGUUACCAUAGAGAUUUUGUUGGGAAGCUAUUUGUGGUCUAUGACAUCUUGACAUUUCAAGGAUGCAUUCGGCUGCUGCAUAUUAUUCAAUUUUCCUUGCAUAUUAUUCAAUGCUUAAAAAUUUUCGAAAAUUGUCUGGCAUUACAGGCCAAUGAGGUUUGAGUAGGUGAUCUUGUAAAUUAGUAGAGAGCCUAAGGUAAAUCAAUGUAUACUUGUAGUUUUGAGCUAUAACAUGUAGAAUCAUGUUUACUUAUGUAUAAACUGUGCUUUUACUUACAAAAUAUUGUGGGUAUAA